AUGUUGCAGCUCGCGUGCUGUUCAUACCCGAACAAUGCGGUCGUGGUCGAGCGCGUAGGAGGUGCAUGCCAUGUCCGUCAAAUACGAGGGUGUCCAUCGAUAUACUUGACUCAAUACUAUGUCAGCUUGAGAGUUUCGCAUGUUGCAUCACAUUAUCAUUAUCGUCAUCGUCAUCACGACGAGGCCAGCGGUUUGAUAGCAGCAGAUGGUGCUUGUAAUGUGUGCGUGCUGUAUCUGAUUUUGCUUUUGAUGGGUAUGUUGUUCUGGCUGUUAUGGAUGGUGUAUUUGCGGGUUUGUCAUUCGGUGGUUGUGGUUUUGACAAUUAUCAUCCCAAGGUUAUACUGA